CGUAAAUAUUGGAUUUUUUAUUGGACUUUAUAUAUCAUAUGUAUUUGAAGGCUUAGGGAAGGUUAUUAUAAUUUCGUUCUACAUUUAUAUACAGUGGAAUAGUAAUGUGUAAACACUCACAUGAAUGGACCUUGGCUACGUGUUAGCCUUUUAGUAAGUAAAACGGGGUUUAAUUUCACUGAUAAAAGAACAAGUCAGUACAAUUUAAAGUAUGAAAAUGACAGCAAGUGAAUGUCAUACAAUAGCCCCCCCCCCCCUAAUAAUAUUUUAAUUCAAUGGCAGUGUUAGGGCAGUUAUUAUUUAUUAUUAUUAUUAUUAUGUGUUUAUAAAAUGCUCCGCGGUCCGCCGCCCGCCUUUUAUCCGUCCGCUUUUUAUCUACACCCGAAUUAAUUAUCCACGACAAAAACAAAAGAUUAGUAGAAGGACGUCACUUUGUCAGCUUCUUGACAUGUAUUUCUUGCUUUUAUAUUUAUUUGGUUAAAUAUUUCCACUUGAAUGAGAAAUUCAUUUUAUUAUUAAAGGAUUCUUCGGAUCGGAAUUCUUUAUCAAAAAUCGGAUCGGAUUAGACAAUUUCGGAUCGGAUCGGAUUUUAAACAUUAGCCAAUUAUCGGAUUAUAAACGUCCAAUCCGACCCUAUGCACACCUCUACUGCUCGAUAUUCAGCACCUCAAUUUUACGCCAGCACUUAGUAGCCGGAUUUUGGAUAUUCCACACAGCUGCAUACUUAUUUAAUAUGCUAAUUAGAACCUCAUUUAGUUAAUAUUCGAGAUGAGUAAACAGUCACUAAAUUAAUUAUUCAUAGUGAGGUGUCGAAUCUCGGGUAAAGACCUACCCAAAAUGAUCAUAUAUUUUGUGAUUGGCUUUCAGAAACAAAUCAAAAACAAAAUUGAUCAUUGUUCGGCGGGACUCGUUCUUUAGAAAGACGAUUUCUAUAGUUUUAUUGUCUUUCAGUGUUAUAAUCAACCAACCACGAGCCUGGAUAGGAUAGGUAGAAGUUCAAAAACAUAACUUUUGUUAUAUACAAGACUUUCUUUAUUUAUGGUGGUAAAGAACAGGAUAGCGAUUUUAACCUUUCGAAUGGCGUUUUCCCUAUGCUUUUGCUACGACAUUUCAGCGACGGCGCUGGCUGGGAAAUUUUGCGUGGUGCGUGGAAAUAACGUAUGCGUGUGACAUAAAAAUUUAGGUCAUCCACUGUGACUGAGUUUCCUCUCUGUAUAUAGCGUUCAGAGCUCUGGGUGAGCUAGUGACGUUGCCCAUAGCACGCAACCAGGACUGCAGAAAUGCAUUGUUAUCUAAACAUUUUCGCCAUAUUAAACAGUUUUAUUAAAAAUUUGAAUAUUUAGUAGUAAAAUAUUUAACACGCCUAGCUAUUGGGUUGCCUAUGAUAAACUUUGAGUUUCGAGUGACAACGAUUAUGCAAUUUUCUCAUGAAAAUAACUUUACUUUCGGCUUUCCCUUAUAUUUUUUAAUGAUUUUUAGUAAUCUAAAAUAAUAAAAAGGUAAUUUAGGAAAAUAUUGCACUGAAUACUUUUUUUAUUAUAAGCAACAUCAGUUUUUCAAAGAGGACAAUACAUCGAUCUCAAAAGCAAACUUACCCAUAGGUUUUACGAUUUCCAGCAAUCUAUUGCCCUGAUCUUUUGUAUGAAGCAAAAACAAAUUAACUGUUAACCACUUAAACGAUCACUUGGGUUUCUUUUUUUACAUUGCACUCACUCAACUGACCCUCUCCUAAAAUUCGCCAUACUUUUGAGAUCAGUCGGAAGUCCGGGCAUGAAACAUAGUGACGCGCCAACUUUAGACUUCGCUAAUGCUUUCCUUUUCCCGGGUGUAAAUAGCCGAGCGGAAUUAGUAUUAUCUAUUCUGUGGUACCGGUGAUGUAGUAGUGACGUCAUCACAAUGUCAUGUGAUGUAGUGGGAUAAUAGUUGUUGUUGAUAUACGAGAACGGAUAGGAUCGAAGACACGGAAGGAGAUUGCUUAUGACUAGAAGUUUACAUUUAUACUGGGAUUGUUUAUAGUUUGUUAUUAGUAUUAUUAAAUGGAUUUUCACUAAAGAGUCUGAGUGAGAUUAGGGAGCUCAAGCAUGAAGGACAGCAACACGACGAUGAUGGUGUGAUAGUAAAGAAACGUUGUAUAAUUCGUAUGAACUUAAACAGUAUAAGUAGUUGAAAACAUUGGCUUUAUGUUUGGGAAGAGUUCUACUGAACCGAAUGUUAGGUUGCACUUGUUACGGCUUGAAAUGCAGGCGUUGUAUAAAAGACGUGAAAAUCUGUGAUUUGCCGUUGUCAACAGAGCGAUGACCACGUCUGAAACUCCCCCAGGACUUUUACUUAUUUAUUUUCAUUGACUCAUUGUAUUGGUUGCCGUCGUAGUCGUGUUGCCGUCCUACAUGCUUAAGCUCCCUAAUAUUAUAUUGGCGACGAGAAUGGCGCAAGAGCAACCAGCCGCGCAAAUUGCAAAUCAACCAUCGGUUUCAUUUCAGCCGGUACCUGAAUUCAACCCUGAUUCCGAAGUGGGCGAAAGUCUGGGCACACGUUGGAUGCAAGAUUUCGAAAUGUUUAUCCUUGCAAGUGGAAUCACUGAUGCGAAGAGAAAACGCGCUUUACUUUUGUAUCAAGCCGGACAACUAUUAAAUGGGUUUUCACUAAAGAGUCUGAGUGAAAAUAUUAUAGUACCCUCGCCCCGGGAUUACGCCGGGGAUUACCGCUUAUUUUUUUCGUUUUCUCUUAUUUUUAGGAAUGGUUGAGAAAUCAAAAAAAUAUCAAGCUGGUAAACAUUUUUGUCAACAGCUAGAAAAGUGCAUUAAAGAAGGCGAUAUAACUUUAAGUUUAUUAGAGGUAGUCGACAAAGAGAGGGAAAAUGUUUCAAUGUUAUGUGCUAUUGUGCUACAUAAGUCUAUGCCAGAACAUGAUCUCGGAGACCUUAGAAAGCAAAUUUUGGAUGAAAUAUCUUCAUUGACGGGUGUUGUAGAAGAUUGUUCCGAAAAAUUUCAAUUGCUUGAGUCUGCGAUUAACUAUGGAAAGAAAAUAUCAAACGAUGUUUACCCUGUUAAUGGAGUCGAGACUAUCAUAGAGACAUUCAACUAUCUGAAGGAAACCUUGCGUACAAGGAAAAUAAAUGAAUUACAGGCUGAUAAGUUUUGGGGAACAUUAUUUCCUUUUGUAGGCCAAGCUGAAGCACUUCAACCAUUGGUGAAUUCACUGUCCUUUAUGACCGUGGCUAAAAAUGGCUUGAAGAAAUUAAGCAAUUCAAGUGCCGAUGAAGAUGGAAAUCAGGCAACAACAGCAGUAAUCGAUUUUUUUUCGUUGAUGAUGUUCCUUACAACCAAAGCGAUUGAAGAAUUUAAAGCCCAAUGGAAUCCUGUGUUGAAUAACCCAGGAUCACUUAGUGUGGAGACCAUGAAGACCGUGCUUGGUACGUUGAAGCGCCAAAACCAACUUGAUGGGGAGCUCGAAUUUCUAGAAAUAUAUUUUCGCAAAACGUUUUCUCCUAUGGUUAAAGUUUACAUCGAAGAUUAUGUAAAGUAUCCUUAUGUCUUGGGACAAGUGCGGCACGUCAUUGGCAUACUUCAAAUCUUUGGAUUAGCGGAUCCUUCAAAUGAAGUGAUGAAAGAGUUCUCAAAGUUUCAAACAAUUUUAGAGAACAGUGAUAAACUUACUCUCGCAUCAUUGCAUCAAUCAAUGGAAGACGUAAUGCAAAUAGUGUCAUCUUUUUCUGGAGAAGACCUAGAUUGCGUGAUUAAGGAGCUGUCAAGAUCUAGUGCAUUGCUCGAUUUCAUCGAGGAAAUUUUUGACGAAGAUAUUCGUUUUCUUAUUGAUGCAGUUGAAGAACAUUCAGAUCAGUUUGUAUUUGAGUCGUCAGUUUCCGAUCUUAUUGACGUUCAUGGUUUUUUGGCACCUUUGAUUAAAAAGAAAAGUCAGAAGAAAUGCAAUCCCCUGGACUUUCUAAAGAUGUUACAAGCAUCUUGUCUUGGUCAUAGAGAUGUUGCAUUGAAGAUUCAGCACUGCAGUACAAAUGUUAACAGCCUUCGCGGAUUGUACAUGAGCAUUGCAAACCGUGGCGAGAUAACUAAAGAAAUCAUUGGUAAUUGCCUCAACAAAGGAGAAUAUUGGGUGUCGCAAAAAAAUGGAAAAUGUGAAACUAAGAUGAGUUACGUGCUCCAGGGAAGUGGCGAAGACAAAACAUGUAAUUACUCUUUGUCAGAUCUACAUGAUUUACGAAGUCGUGCGCAUCUUAUUGUUUCCUCUCAUAAAAAUGCUAUAAAGGUUCCGUCCAGCCAUUUUCAAGAAAACGGUGAAGACAUUGAUUUUGAUGGCUUUAUAAAUCAAGUUAAUCUCGUUACAGAAAUUUCUACUCUUCUGUCGGAAUUGCGUUCAUCUGGGUAUGUAAAAUAUCGACAGUUUUGGAAGCGGAUGAAAACCACCAAUGAUCUUCAAGCUAACAGAGACGGUCUGCAACAUGAUUUAAAAAACUGGGAAAAGAUCUUGAAAACAGCACGUGAAAAUUUCUACUACCUUAACUAUUACAGCUCCGAUCAACUGUGCACGCUGAAUGAUUUUUUAAUUAACAAAUCCAAUAUUAGUUGUGACGAAGUGCUUUCUUUCAUCCAUUUUGUUGACAGAACCAUCACUAAACAACAAUUACAGCAAUACCAAGCGUCACAGAAGAAGUUGAAGAUAUCAAAUUCAAGCAACAUCCCCGAAUUAUUGCUAUCGACUGUUGGUCAAGCCUUAGAAAAGAUUUUUCGCAAUUCGCAAUCUGUCAUCAGAUUCAUACAAGAUGAUGGUGAUAGCCAAUCACAUUCUAAACUGGAAGCCACAGUUACUCCGGGGGAGAUUUUCGUUGCUAGUCUGGAACCAGAAAGUCCGUUAACGGCCAACGUCAUUCUCACACUGUACGAGAACACGUCUACAGCAUUUCCAGAACCGCAUCAAAUUGUAUUUUGCAGUUCCCAAACAACGUGGGAGGAAAUGUAUCUUUUACUCCAAAGAUGUUUUGCACAUUCAAAAUACCUUCAUCGCAAGAGCUUGUUUUGUAUUGCAAAUAUUGAGGUAUUGCCGAAUGAAUUGCAGUUCAGACUGGUUGACGCAAUCAAAGAGAAACAGAGAUGUCUCCAAAGUUCCGAGUUUGAAGAAAAUGCUGAUUAUCAACUUGCCUUAAUUUGCCGUGGUGGGGACCAUCAUCACAUUGUUGAACAGUUUGCGCAGUAUUCACACCACAUUGCUGGCAUGAGUGAUCUUGUUCUCACUCAUCGUCUCAAAUCUGGGUGGCCUGAUGUCAAAAUGAUCACAUCCACUCUUCCUGGCCUUGGUAAAACAGAACAAAUCAAACGUGAAGCAGUGGAAAAAAGUAUGAAUCUUGCUACAUUUUCAAUCAGCGGCCCAUUCGAGCCACGCAAACUCAUACAGCGUUUAAAAGAGCUUAAGCUUAAGAAGUAUCAUUGUUUGCAUCUGGAUAUUGGGGAAGUAAGCGAUCCACUAGCGCUGGAUACAUUCUUAUUCCAACUUAUUGUCACAGGAACGGUUUCAGCUGGAAAUAAAUUCUUUCACCUACCAAUAACACACGUCUACAUUGAAAUAGCGAACACGCUGAAAGAUUCGCUCCGAGAGUCAUUGGUAGUGUCAAAGUACUUCACUCGUAUUCACUUACAAUGGCAGAAUUACAAGAAUCUUCUGGUCAGCACUGAAAUUACCAGUGAUAUGCAAGUUGUUUGUCAGUAUUUAGAUAUGAAGGAUCGAGCUUGCAUUGAAUCGAAAGAAGUUCAUUUUCUGGGACCAGAAAAAUCCAAGCCACUACCGACGCAUCGCUGCCAAGAGCUCCUAGCCACUUGCUUUUCCUCAGAUUCUGAUAUCAGCUUUACAACGAUCCACAUAUUCCUUGGAGUUCUUGCAGAGCAACUUUUAAAAUUUACCAAGAGUACCUUCUUCAAAAUUGAAAAAAUUAAAUCUAUGGUGGACAAAGAAACCCGGGUGGUUCGCACUAAUCUUUUUGAAGCCCUUUUGAAUGUGUCGAAAGAGUUCGCAUCUCGUGCCAUAACAACUUGUCGCUCAAGUGAUAUAAGGAAUCGUUCUCAAAGGGAGUCUGCAAGAGCUUUGGACAAAGAAAUGGUGUCGACUGCCAAUUAUGCGAAAGAUAUGGUUGAACGAGUAAAAGGGAUGAUACAGUGGGAAGACAGCAACCAUUUGUUGGUCGUAUUUCAUGGUCUCAACUCGCAAGCAAUCACUGCUGUGUAUCGGAAUAAAGCCCUCGUUCCUUUAAGUGUUGAAAAAUUAUUAAAGAGUCAGAUGGUGAAAGGAAAUAAGGAACUUGAAGAUUUCAAGGCUUUUAAUCAAGAACAACUACAGGAGAAGUUGGAGAAGAUAGCAUGCAUGAAACGUGUUGAAAAGAAAAAUUUAUUCUCAAGUUACGCGUUGACUCCAGAUAACAUCCUAAAGAUGAUAUUGAUUAUAUUACGGGUCCGUGUAAACAUCCCAGUUAUCAUCAUGGGUGAGACAGGAUGUGGAAAAACCAGCCUCGUUCGUUAUUUGGCUAACACGUGCGGAGUACAGUUCUACAAAUUAGAAUUUCACGCGGGAAUAUCGCAAGACGAAAUCGUCACAUUUAUCAACAAGAACGAAAGUCAUGCCAGAGAUAUCAAAGAGCAAAUAUGGAUUUUCCUGGAUGAAAUAAACACAUGUGAUCAUCUAGGUUUGAUCAGUGAUAUCAUGUGUCAUCAUUCCUUGUUGGGCCGACAAUUGUCCAAAAAUCUUGUCUUCCUUGCAGCCUGCAACCCGUACAAAUUGCGUCCUAAAGAACAUAUAAAAACAGCUGGCCUCGAAGGCAAAAAUAUCACUGAUGAGUAUUCCGGACUUGUGUAUCGUGUCCACUCGUUACCUGAAGCUAUGAUUGACUAUGUUUGGGAUUAUGGUUCCCUAUCUCCAAAAGAUGAACGAGACUAUAUUCAGAGGAUGGUGAGGGAUUUGCCAAAAAAUUAUGAAGGUUUGCUGGUUGAUUUGCUAGCUACAUCCCAAAAAUUUAUUCGGGAUGCUGAAAAAAAUCCUUUUUGCGUCAGUCUACGUGAUGUACACCGUUGCAUUAGCCUGAUCAGCUGGUUUCAGGACAUGACAAAGAAACGCCAGGAGCUUAAGAGUAACAAAGAUGAAUAUCCCAAGCACCUGAAAAAGUAUCAUUCUAUGUCAGAACGGUACAACACGAAGCCGAUGAUUAAGAGUAUAGUCCUUGCCCUUGCACAUUGUUAUUUAUCCAGAUUACCGACUGCAGAGCUGAGAAAGAAUUACCGAAAACGGAUGAUAGACUUGUUCAAAACUAACGGAACCAUAAUGACGUUUGAUGAAAAUUUGGAUAGCUUUUCGGCUAUUGUACGUAUGGAAGAAGAAGAUUAUUUGGAUCGAAUGGAACUGCCACCUGGCACAGCAAGAAAUGCUGCUUUGCGUGAGAAUGUCUUUGUUAUGCUGGUUUGCAUCUUAAACCGCAUCCCCAUUUUUGUAGUGGGAAAGCCUGGUUGCAGUAAAUCUUUAUCUAUUCAGUUAAUCCGAAGCAAUCUACGGGGACGCGAUUCGCAAGAUCCUAUGUUUAGAAAUUUUCCACAACUUUAUGUCGUCUCGUAUCAAGGUUCAGAGUCAUCUACCUCGGAGGGAAUAAUCAAAGUGUUUGAAAAAGCACGGAAAUACAAAUCCCACAACAAAAACGUCUUGCCUGUUGUUCUCCUAGAUGAAGUUGGAUUGGCUGAGAAUUCCAAAUACAACCCUCUCAAAGUUCUACACAGCUUACUAGAACCCGGAGAAGGCAAAAUGCCUGAUGUUUCAGUUGUGGGCAUUUCAAAUUGGUCGUUAGAUGCCGCCAAGAUGAACAGAGCAAUUCAUCUGUCUAGACCCGAACCAACUAAAGAUGAUUUAUACGAAACUGGACUUUCACUACAUUAUGCUGAUGGUGACGAUAACAGCCAGUACUUGGGAAAGAAAGAGCUACAUUGUUUAGCUGAAGCCUAUUUCGAAUAUCAAGCCCAACAAACGCAUGCCAAUUUCCAUGGUCUUCGUGAUUACUACUCCCUGAUUAAAAGCUUGACAGGUUGCAGCAACUUUGAAGAAGUCAACAUUUCAUUACAGCGUAAUUUUGGUGGCCUUCCUGGUGACGUAUCCAACAUUCAGAAGACAUUCCUCGACAAAUUAAAGAAGCUCAUGAUAUCUAGUGCUCAAGAUAUUAUACCAGUCACUCAACUAAUUCAAAAAAAUCUUGAAGAUCCUCAUGCUCGUCACCUGAUGCUCAUAACAAGCGGAGAUUCUGCAAUUGGUAUUUUGAAGCAAAGUUUGGCGGAGCUGGGGAAGGAAACCAUCAUGAUUUAUGGCAGUCGUUUCGAAGAAGAUCUAUCUGAAGAGUAUAACUACAGAAUUCUGAGCCGUAUUAUUCUUUGCAUGGAGCGAGAGUGUAUCCUGAUACUACGAGAUCUGGAAAGCAUCUACGGAAGCUUGUAUGACAUGUUAAACCAGAAUUACGCCGUGGUCGGCAACAGGAAAAACUGUCGUGUUGCCCUAGGACCAUACAGCAACCCUAUGUGUCAAGUAAACGACGGAUUUCGAUGUAUCGUUCUCAUUGAUCAACAUAAAGUGGAUUAUUCUGAUCCGCCAUUCCUCAACAGGUUCGAGAAACAAGUCUUGCGCUUCUCUGAUGUGUUGACUAAAGACCAACAGAACGUUAUAACCAAACUUCGGCACUGGGUUCAAGGAGUGUCCACAGUUGAAAGUUUAGAAUCACAUUUUAAAGAAACAGAUAUGUUUAUUGGUUUCCAUGUAGACACCCUCCCAUCUUUGGCAUUAUCAUAUGGCCAUGACACACCAAACGAAGUAUUAAAGAAAUGUAAAAGUGACUUGGCGUGGAUUGCUUCACCUGAUGGUGUGCUUCGAGCGCAGAAGUGCAAACUUUUGAAAGAAGAUUCGCAAGAGGUAGAGGAAUUAUGUGAUGAAUAUUUCAAGAAACCACUACACCACGGUUUUGCUGCCUUCAUGAAAUAUGUUUCUAACAACCAUCAAAAAUCGUCUUUCUUUGCUAGCGAUGAGAUUGGAUCUAAAAUUGUGGUUAUGACAUUUUCCAACAUUCACACAGACAUUCGUCAGUGCUUGGGCAACGGUUUUAGAUGUCAAGUCGAACGACUGAGUGCGUAUAAGUCAGAGAAGCAACUGGUUGGAAGAAUCAAUGAAUUUUGGAGUACACCGGAAAAAGAGUUGUUAGUUUUGCAGUGUAAACCAGACUUGGAUGGUACACAUUUACUACUUGCCCGUUCAAUCAUUGAAGAAAAGCGAAAUUCCUACAAGCAAUGUUUAUCCAAGAUACAUCCAGAAGGAUACAAGCAUGUUUGUAUCGUAAUACACGUACAACGUGUGGAAGAAGAUAGUGUUCCGUGGCAGUUCAGUUUCCUGUGUGGUUGGAGACAAGUAUUCCUUGACGUCCUUGAAACUCCUCCAGUUCCACUGAAUGAAAUACUUGGAGAAAGUAUUCAGAAGCUUCUCACAUCUUCCAUCUGGCCUCUUCGGAUAAUCGCACAAAAUGAUCUUUUAUGGUGCUUCACGUGUAUCAAAUAUACACGUAGCCAACGACCUGUGGAAUCUGUUUUGCACAUUGCUAAGAAUCUUUUUAAUUCAGAGAAAGUUUCGCAAGUCAUUGAGAGACUCGUCUUGCAGUCGAUUGACGUGAAUGCUCUUGAGCAAGAUCAGGAAACUUAUUUCAAAGAAAAUUGGCAAGUUAAGGUUGCUUGUGAUCGUCAGUCAUUAGUUAAUUCGUCCACCCUUUACUGUGCAAUGGAACAGUUUAUCUCCAGGUUAGUCCGAAAUCCACUGGCCAAAAUUGUUUACUUCCUAGAGAAAGAGAAUGCUUGGCCACCUCAUCUGGUCAGCAACUCUAACGAAACACUGAUACCAAAGUUAGAGGAUCUGUGGUGUAAUUUUAUCAUGAAUAAUGCCAUUUUCAAAAUAUCAGAUAUUCCAGAGCCGCUUGGAGCUGAAUCAUACGGUCUUGACAAUACCAUCCUUGAUCUUUGCCUGCCAUUCAGCCAAGUAAUUAUCAGAAAAAUUGACGCAGUCAAGGGACUGUUCUUGGAAGACUAUGCAACACUCGUAGAAAAUGAAGAUCAUUUGAAUGGAAAUGGUCAACUAAAGCAGACUGUUCAACAACAGCAACUAGAACGAUUUAGCAAGAUGAUCAUAAACCUGGUCCCCGAGCUUUAUUGUUUUAUUUCGAAUUGUUACGAUUUAUACAUGAAAGAUAUUUUUGAUUCGAUAACUGCCGACUUUAGCCCAAAGUUAAGUCGUUCUCAGCGGAUUUCCACAGCACAAGCAACGCUUAUUUCGGAAGUCAUACAGAAUUUACCGGCGAAAGACAUCCCAGAAUUUUGUACACUCCUGCACACCUUUGUAUGGCUCCAUCGGGAACACAUUCUUGAUUUGCUGAGAAUGGUUGAUUGUUGUCAGCCGUUUGUAGGGUUCGAAGUUCUGUUAAAUGUAACGGAUGAGAUGUUCCACACCUCAGAAGAUGUCAUGUUCGUGAAAAGUCAUGAAACUGAUGAAGGUUCUAACAACGAAUUUCCGGAGACAGAAGAAGAAACAACAAAUGAAAUCGAAAGGACACAUGACACUGCGUCAAAUCCUGAUCUCAGUGCAUUCGAGCAAAGUGAAACAGAGCUUGCUCAUAUUGAGCUUGAAUUUGAAGAACCAGCACCAAACCCGCAAGAAAACCAAGAAGAAGCCGCUGAAGAGGAAAUAGAACAUAGAGAAGCCGUUGAAGAGGAGAUGGAGCAUGAUGAAGAUUCAGAAAGAUUUGGAGACAUCUUGGUCACGGCAUACUGCGAGGAAAUGCUUCCUUCGCAAGAAGUUGUCCAAAAGAAUGGUGGCCUUGAACCGUGGAUACGCAAUGCGAAUUUGCUUCUUUCAUUGGCAUUUAAGAUAAGCGAAAAUUCGCCAGCAUUCCAUUAUCUACGUUUGUGUGUUGAUUUCUCAAGGAUCAUCUUUACUCCAAAUGCUUUACCAACAAGUUUACCUUUGCUGUAUGCUUUACACGAAAUUGGUAUAACUCUUAGGCCAGAAUACCUCGAUCACGAGGAGUCAUUUGAAACUAUAACCAACAAGCUAAUUAAACCAUUGAAAGAAGAAAUGAAGAAUCACACGGAUAAACACGAAGCUUUACAGAAAUUCUCAACUCUGUUCUAUGGUCGUUGUAUUGAUACAAAUGUUGAUACUUGUGGUGCUCGUCGGAUAGUCGAGCAAGUUCUCUCUUUGGAGAGACCCGAGUUGGUCAUGAUGAUGAGCCCUGUUUUGUUACGACUACUCAUGGUAGAGGAAAAGCAAUCUCCUGGGAUAUUUAUGGAUUUAAUCACCAAUCCAAGUGUUAUCCAGAAUUGUCCUUGUCUUCAAACUAUUGACGACGUAUUUAAAGAUAGUUUCUUUAAUGGUUCAAUACAUCAUGACUCGUAUCCUGCUGUGAUGAUUUGUGAUCUAAUUCAAUGUCUGUUACAUUUCGAGGAUCAUUUUAAAAUUAAUGACAUUAGCAGCUCCGACUGCAAUGUUCUCGUGCUUGUUAGAUCUGCCAUGGCAUUAUUAUCACAAAACAGCGAAUAUGGUUGUGGUCUAAGCGUACUUUCAGCUGUCGCAUUUCUUCGAGGAUUCUUUUCAAUGCUCGCACAAUUUAUUGCUGGAAAUCCCAAUGUUCUGAAGGAAGAUAAUCCAUACUACAUUCAUGUCAUACCAGAAUUAAACUCGCUACUAAAGGGUGCAAACUCAACAUUACAAGUGUUUUUCAUGAAACAACUCCACGAAGAUGCAAGUCUAUUUGAUCUACAAAAGUGGUUUGGCGAAAAUAACGUUCUUCCAUCGAUAGAGGAACUAUGCCUUAACGAGAAAAAGCAAGACAAGGCGGAGUUUACAUCUGUAUUCAAGUAUCCCGAGUAUGAUGAAGCAAAGGCGGCCUAUUGGAAAUUGAAAGAAAACGAUGACUCAUCUAUGCACGGAUUUUUGACAAAAUGCAGCAAUUCGCCCGGUCAUGCUUUUGCUCUUCUCGGAAUCCUCAUAAACAUGAUGUACUUGAAACGUGCUGUGCGAAAACUCACCGAUAAAGAGGAACAAUUAGUUGACUGGUUUGCUGCGGCUGCUUCGUUCCCUAUGUUGUUUCAAGAACUGUUGUUGAGAAUUAUAGGCCGUCGCGAUUUCGAAUGCUCGCAACUCCAACUGUCACCCGCGUCGUCAGUGAAAGAUGUAGAAAUGGCGCUGUUAGUUCUUCACAUUUCCUGCGUCGUUGCCACUGGUGCAUUAAGUGAAGACUUGCCAAUGUAUCGCUACCUUAUCAAUCCUGUUAAAUUUGAACGGCCUUGUGUUCUCGCCCAUUGCAGAGAAGAUGUGCGUUCCGUAUUUGAAGAUCACUCAUCUGUCAAAGAAUCCGUUUGUUUCACCUGUGCAUGUGGUGUAAGGUUGGCUUUUAAAACCAAUGUCAAUGAAAAAGUAUGUCCGCAUUGUUACGAAGUCCUGAAUGACGAAGCAAGCAGCAGCACAUCUCCCAAAACGUUUGCCACUUUGUCAGUGUCCUCCAAUGGUCAUAAAAGUCCCAAAUGGUAUCGCUGUACAAAAUACAUGAAUCCAGCUGUGUACCGUGCUUUACAUGUCAUCGUGUAUUCAUCCUACUACGCUGGAAUUGCUCUUGGAACUUCAUCAGAGGAAAACUUGUCGACUGCUUUAAAUCUGUUGUGUGGUUAUGAUCUUGAUACCGAUUCCACAAGUCCAGCAGAUUUCUGUUUUAAAACUAUGGAAAGUGACCUGUCAUGCCUAAUGAAAAUCCUUAGUUGCAAGAAAAAUGUUGCAAUCAGAACCUUGCAUCUUGUAGUUGAGAAAAGUUCAGAUAUUAUCAGAAGUAACAACCUACUAGGAACAAACAACUGCUCAACGCCGAAGAUGCGUCGAGAAUGGGAAGCCGUGUUUUCGCAGCUCACAAAAACAAUGUUUUUGAACGCGCGCGAAACAUUGGAGGAAACCAAGGAGAUAAUACAACGAAAGCAGACGGAGGAUAAUCAAGACGUUACACUUGAAUGCCGCAUCAUGGAACUCGACGAUUACCCAGAAGACCCAGAAGAGCAGAACCAACAAUUAAAAAGAUUAUUCCGUGUGACAAAGCAACCGCGUUUUGAAGAUUUCCGUUCAGCAUUCCUGUACUAUUCCAAAGAUGUCCAAGUAAAGCACAGUUUUCUGACGUUGUUCUUUGCAAAAUGUGACCAACUCUCGAUCAUUGGUAAUCUCCACCACUUAUUGAAAUGGUCUCGUCUAGUAUCAUCAGCAUUAACCCACCGUAUUAGUAGAAAAGAUGCGCAAUCUAAGUCCAUCAAUGAUUUCAUCAGUGGUCACCUUCUUGAAUUAAACCGAAGUCCACGGGAAACAGAAAGCUUGAAAGUAUUGUUCAACAACUUCAAAGAAGCAUGGAACAAAAUGCGUCUUCUAGUUAACGAAGUCCUGAUUGAUAAAGAAGAGGAGAUGCCGCGACUGAGGGAGACGGAUUAUGUAGCUUAUUGUUUAACGGAAAGUGAUUGUGGCAUCUACCUUCAAACGGCUAUUGAAAUCCUCGUUUCUCACCAGAAUUCAAUUUUAGAUUCAAUAAUUUCUCUUUCUUCACACGUGCAUCCUGUUCUAAGCUUCCUUGGAAAAGAAAACUGUAGUGGUGUCGUGUCCAUCUCCAUUCAAGAUGUUAAAGAAAAAAAAAUAAUCAGUUUUAAAUGGUCAGAUGAUUUGUUCCAACAUGCACAAAAAAAUCCCGAGUAUGGUAAAGGCCAACAAAUUACGUACGAUUUUGAGCGAAUAGAAAUUGAGCUUGCAAAAGAAAUCGCAUUCGGAAAAUGUUACCUUACGGGAACGCUGAACAAGUUUAUAUUCGCGAAAGAAUUGUUCCACUCCUGUGGUCCUUUACUGACAGAGAUUCGAUCGAUAGUGAGACAAAAUCCAAGCUUGCCUGAGGAGGUACGUAAAGGUUUGUCUAACCUGAAAGAACGGAGGAUCAAAGAAGCCCAAGAUCUUCUCCAACAUAUCGAAGUAUUAAUGUACCUGCUGAAACGAAAGUUAAAGAAUUUCAACGUGAAUAUGACUUUGGAAGAGCUCGCUGAAAAAUGGUCGCCGAUGUUACCGAGUCCCUUCCCUGUAAACCUGUUACCUCAACCUAGAAGUUCGAUCAAGAUUGAACACGUCGCUGCACUUUACGAAGCUCUUGAAGAUAUCCUGGCUGACGGCGCUAUCGAAGGACUUGCUGAUAGAUUUCGAGAUGAUUUGCCAGUUACCAUGGAAAAAUCCGUUAGCGCUAUGCUGGACAAAGAAAUUGAUCAGUUGAAACCACACAACUUCUUGAAAGCUCUACGUCGUUUCGUGUUCCGCUAUCUGUCAACCGAAACUGACAGAUACUGGCCUGACAAGGACAAAACAUUUGAGUCAUGUUUGAAGGAACCUUCACUGUGGUUCCCACUUCCACCACCAAACUUGAAUGAGAUUCCGCAAGACAUCACUCUCAAAUUCAUCCACUCUAUAGUGAAGUAUCUUGAGGAAUUGGAGAAGGUAAGGCUCUGAUUUUUUAUGUUAUUGAAUUUAAUCCAUUGCCAGAUAUAAGUAGGAGUUUUUAACACAAGGUAUGUCAUCAUAUUCCCCUGAUGAUGCAUGGCUGAGAAGUAACACUACGUCAUCGCACGAACGUCUUAGUUAAUACAUAUAGGUCGCUGAAACCUUUUCGGAAUGCACUAGAUCUUGCCGUUGCGGUUUUGUCGGAGUAGCCAAGAUCAUAUGAAGUUGCCGAGUAUGGAUUUGAUUAAUGUUUGAAUUUAAACUGUGUACAGUAACCAUUUGGGAUCUGUAAGAAAUUUCGCUAAAACUCCACGGUAAAUUAAUGACCUCAAAAAUUGCCGUAGAACGCAGCGGCUCUCCACUCCAAUUUUCGCCAGUUCUACGGCAUUUCACAUUGAUUUUCAUCAAUGCAUGGCUGCUACGGACUCACCGUAAUGCGAUAGAUAUUUAUUUGACAAUCUUUAAUUCAAUAUGUAAAAUUCUACAAUAAUUUUGAAAGAGGGAAUGUCUCAAAAUUGGCUACAGGCUAUAUAAUCAUAACAACGGCAAAAUAUUUCCGUCUUAUCCACAGUUUUUAUCUCGAACUAUGGCGAUUGCGUGAUAAAAUUCAGUCCUGGGUAAAUAGGAUCCGUGUUUGGGAUUCAAUGUAAAGACACUUCGUCACUUGAUAAUCGUAUUAAUUUAUUUUUACAAAUUGUCAAUUAAGUUGCAAUAGUUCGUCCAGGAAGUAUACUCGAUCCUGAUAUAAUAUAUGAUUAUAAUAUAUUGUACAAUGUAAAAUUUUGAUAGAUUAUUAAAAAAUUGAGAUCAAACUUUUUUUAUUAAAUGUCCAAUUCCGUUCCCAGGAUAGAAAAAGCAAUACCAGCAGACAAGGUGCAAGAGGUUCCUCAUGUCAACCACAAACAGUCAAACGAUCUGGUCGACGCCGACUUAAAAACUUCUCCCGUUCAUAACGAAUCAAUCUUUUAGUUGCUACACUGAAAUAGUGAAAUUGAUUAAUUAAGGGGAUUUUUUUUGUAUGUUACGUAACAUUUGUUCAAAACUAAGGAGUAGCAUAAUAUAUACCACUUGGUUAUUACAUUCAAACUUUUAAAGUUUUGAUACGUUUUUUAAUCGGCAAAGAAACGUAAAAGUAUGUUUUAUAGUGCUUUAUCUGCAAAUGACGCUAAAAUGAAGAGAUUUUAGAUUGUAUACAUGUACGCCAACGACAAAAUGAUGUCUGAAAUUAACUCAUUCGGCUUAUAUAUUGCUAUAUGGCGCCACUUUUAAAAUAUCACUGAAAAUGGUAAUUUUAUUGACAAUUUUUACUAUUAUUUCAUGCUUCCCAACCAGCAAAUACAUUUAAAAAGGUAGCAGUAACACUAUAAACUAAAAAAAUAAAGCUGAAAAGCGAUUUUGAGAGGAACGGCAUAAAGAUUUUAGGUUUUCAACGAUGCACAAAUACUGUACACGACAAAGCAAGAAAAUAUCCUCUUAACAGUUUCUAUAAACUCGCGUUAAUUGAUAUAUGCGAGGAUUUUAAUAUUAGUGACAUGAUUUUAAGCAUUCAAACGAUGUGCGGAAUAGCUGAAGUAGAAAUGAGGAGUUCAGGACUGGGUUCAGAUCCAAUAAGGCUUUACAAAACUGUUACAUUUCCAUCUUGUUUAUGAAGUUCCAAGGCAAUGUAUUGGAAUCUUUUGUUGUACGACUUUGAAGUUCUAUGAACACUUGCAUGAUGAUAAAUGUAUAUUUAUCUGAUUUGUCAAAAAUAUCAUUUUAACUUUACUUGUUUUGCAAAGCUUUCGAUAUGUAAGCCUGGAUCUUCAUCAGCACUAAACUAUAAAUUUAGUCAUCUUUUGUUUAUUGGUUAAAAUUUCAACCAGUCACCAUAAACAUUGCCAAGUAUAUCUGAACUCAAACUUGGACUACUUGUAUAAUGAGUGUUGGUAGCUGACUACGCUACGCCUUUUAGUAAAAUACAAUCCAAUACCCUGGACUUGAAAAGAAGUAAUAGCCGUUUAGCUUUUAAUAGGUUCAGUUGAGCAUCAUGAAUUACCAUUUAUUCCGCAACUAUAUACAUAUACGACAAAGUUGCCUUAGAUAUAUUAAUAAUAUUACUUGUUGAUUGCAUGUAAUGUCUAAUUGGUAAUACAGUAAAUAUAGUUAUAGAAAAUUAAGUUGUUACGAAUGUAAGCAGUUUAAUGUUAUAUAUACUUUUCAAUAUAGUUUUUAUUAAAGUUCUGUGUUUUGACAAAAAGCGGCAGAUUUGGACUACAGUAUGGUCAUUGACAUUAUCGCUUAUUGUUUAUAUAUGCGACAAUUUAACUCGAAAUUACAUAUAAUUUAUCAAUAUUGCCAAUAAUGUAUGUCUGCGCUGGAAACACUUUAAAGUGUAUAUGACAUGAAAUUUCUUAUUUUCUUAAAUGAAAAAACUCUUUAAGGCCCAAUAGAUAAUUAUUGUUUCUAAUGCGUUCGGCACAUGAGAAGCGCGACGUUUGAAACAGGCCUAAGCUCAGUUUCUUGUUUUUAUGGUUUGUUCCGGAGAUAUUUCAAUUUGUUUGAUAUGUAAAUAAGUGUGAAUAUGUCCGCUAAUUUAUGAUGUCACGUUGGUUGCAAGCUCAACUUACAAUGGUUAUAAAUCUAUUAACUCUAAAAGCUGUAGAUAUCAGUUCACGUUUUUCUCCAGUGUUUCAUCACAUUUACCAGUGAGUGAAGUUUGAAAUUAUUAUCUUGGAUGAUGGCAGUGAUAUUCAACC